AGCGUCUCUGCCUUAUCGUGAUUCACCGGUCUCCAAGUUGGGAACCAGACAGUCAAUCUCAAGCUCGAGUCAAGUCCAUCAACCAUGUCCGCGAAUAUGUCCCCGUUGCGUCACCCUGAAUUUUAUUUCGAGGAUGGGAAUCUGGUAAUCCUCGUGGAAGGAACAUUAUUCAGGGUUUUCAGGUCGUCAUUCACCCGACACUCCGCCGUCUGGAGAGAGCUAUUCUUGCUUCCGGAGCCUGCUGAAUGUAUCCCCGAGGGAUUGAGCGACGAUAGUCCGCUCUUUCUCUCCGGGAUCUCCAGCGUCGAUUUUGAACGACUGUUGUGGAUCAUCUACCCUCCGAGGUAUGGCGUUCACAAUGCCCACGGAAUAGAUGCGUGGGUCUCCAUCCUGGACCUUGCCAUCCGAUGGGAGUUCGCAGACAUCCGUGCACUGGCCAUUCGCGAGCUCCAGUCGCUAGAGAUGAGCGCGGUCGACAAGAUCAUCCUUUCGCGCAGGUUCGACAUAAGAGAUCAAUGGGCUAUCGCAGCAUACGUCGCUCUCUGCGAGAGGCCGACUCCACUUACGCUCGAGGAGGCGAACCGCCUGGGUAUAGAUAGUGCGGUGAGGAUAGCGCAGCUGCGCGAACAACUGCGCUGUCGCUGCAGGUCCGCCUGCCACGAAGGCUCCGGGUGCCGUUCGGCUGCGCAUGAUGUCUUUUCGCGCAGAGGACACCCGAAUACCAGCCACUUGCGCGCGGAUCGUGUGCAUUGGGAGAUUGCAAAGAUUGCGAUCCGGGGGGACGCCAGGCCCAGCUCAUCUAGCGCACGCACUACGGCGAGCUCGAAGAAAGCAUCUAGAUCGCCACGGGCAGAGGGUUCGUCGCCGAGGGCUGCUAAGCUGGUCGCGGAGGCAUUCGGAUUGAACACGGCUUGAUAUUCACGCUAUGAAUUGUAAGCACUAUUAGACCGAGUCCCUUUCAUCACUGUACAAUAUGACAUGUAUAGAAAGGUCCGCGUAGUGACAUCGCCGAUUCUUAGUGAGGACAGG